AUGACACCAAGGUCUGGUGUGAGUGUUGAUGAUGAUGAGGUUGAUGGUGUGGGUGAUGAGAUUGGUGAUGUCGAUGUUAAUGAGGUUGAUGGUGUUGGUGAUAAGGUUGGUGAUGUCGAUGAUAAUGAGGUUGAUGGUGUUGGUGAUAAGGUUGGUGGCGUCAACACGAGUGUCCAGUGUGUUGACUUGAUGCUUGAAGUGAUCCCUGGACCGCAGUGGACUACUGCCUUCGGUUCUAUCUUGAUCCGGACCACUAACCUGCUAUGGGCGCCUUCGGACGUCAGUUAUAUGGACCUGCUUGCCAGUGUCCUAGGACUCUUGUCUCUCGAGCCCCUGAGUGGUAACCAUCUGAGCUUGGUCCUCUUUGUGGCUGUGCCUGCUCCUUGA